UUCCGCAAUAUGGAUGAUGAUGACAGCAAAGCUUUGAAUUACGAGGAGUUCAGUAAGGGCAUAAAAGAAACUGGUCUGGAGUGCACGGAAAACGAGAUUAAGGAUAUGUUUGCCAAAUUCGAUGAAGAUAACAGCGGUUCAAUAAAUAUGACCGAAUUUUUGCUGAAAUUGCGGCCAUCCAUAUCCCAGUCCCGUUUGGAUAUCAUCGAUAAGGCAUUUAAGAAAAUCGACCGCACUGGUGAUGGCGAAAUCACAAUUGAAGACUUGAAGACAGUAUAUUCUGUGAAGGAUCAUCCCAAGUAUCUUAGUGGUGAAAUGACGGAGAAUGAGAUACUUACACAGUUCCUUAAUAAUUUCGAGGGUGGAAGCGGCAAUCGCGAUGGCAAGGUGACGAAAGAAGAAUUUGUUAAUUACUAUGCCACAAUCAGCGCUUCAAUUGAUAAUGAUGCCUACUUCGAUUUGGUGAUGCGGCGUGCUUACAAACUUUAAAUGCAACAAAACGCUAACAAGGAGAUCGUGAAGAAUAGUAGCUGCCAUAAAUAAAUGUAAAAAAAAACACAAAAU